AUGGCCAUCGGAUCAUUGAAUGACCUUGCUAACGGUACGCGCGCAGAAGACGAGAUCUUGAGUCCAGAAGAAGAGGCAUCAGUCAAUGUGGAUGCCUUGGUCAGCGAUGCGGUAGACGAACAUCAGGGACAGAGCACGCCCCUGAUGAGCCACGCCUUAAAUCAACCCCGACGUGCAACGCCAACUAUUCCCCCGGGAUUCACAGCUCCCGUGGUAUCCAGAACUAGUUUACUGGACCAGCCCAGUCGCCCAGCUUCGCGGAACGCUGUCCCAGUGGCUCCCGCUGUCCCAAUCAUCCCGAUCACUCCAGCUCGGGCUGGAACACCAAUAGGCAAGAAACCGAAGAAAGAGUCCGAAGGAGUGACCCCUGAUGCUGUCGAACCCAUGACUGGAGUGGCAUCGAUACCUGCGCCCGUACCGGCAACGCCAGUCAAAGCCAGCCGAAAGGCGAGCCCAUCCAAAGCGAAGAUACAACCUCUAGAAACGCCAAAGAAAUCUGCAGAAGAACAAACUAACACAGCGCAAAAGGAGAGCAACUCAGUCCCUGCAUCACCAGCUAAAGCGACCUCCAAGAGCAAAGCAUCCAGCAAGAAGGCGUUUAGCGUAAAUGAGGUGAUGCCUCAGAAGAAUAUAGCUCCUACAUCUGCAACUAUGCCCUCGUCAAAACGUCAGCCUCCUGGAAAGCUUGACAUUUCCGCUGCUACCAAGGCACCCGAGAAUGAGGCGCCGUCAGCUGCAAGUUCAGCCAAGCAAGAUGUCCUAGGAAAGCCGAUCCGUACCGUAUCGGCAACAGCGCCUAAUUCUGUCCCUGCGAGUCCUGCUGCGACCUCCACUAGUUCACCCAUCAAAAAGCCCAUUGGAGCCAAAACUCUUCGUGUGGUAGCCACACCCAAAACCGAGAGCCCCCCUCAAUUGCCCCCACUCCCGUCGCUACCUCAAGUUCCAACUGUGGAGAAGCUGCGCUCUAGGCAGGCCAGCAUUGUUUCCAUCAACCAACCAGGCACUCCAGCGAGUGAUUUGAUUUCUGACACUGCCUCCUUUACUUCCACAUCAAUCUCGCGUGCAAACUCUCCUCCUCUGUUAGGUGGCAAAAUUGGAAGCGCUCCCGUCAGGAAGAAGACCAAGUCACAGGCAAAGAAAGACCGCCAAGAGCGGGCUCGGCAAGCAGAGGAAGAACGCGCAAUGGAAGAGAAUACACCUGAACCGGAAGUGGUCCAAGCACCCAUCGUUGGACGCAAGAAAAAGACUAAGAAGCCCGCCACCAAUUCCAAAGCGCCUGCAGCAUCGACAAAAAGCCAAUCUGAACCCAGCAAGACUUUAUCGAAAGAGGAGGACGAAGAGUUGGAGGAAUUAUAUCAAGCCAGUAUCGCCGCAAAGAAAGCUGCUGCUGCUGCGGCAGCGGCGCAAGCUUCCACUCCGUCGCCCCGCGCUGAACCGGACGCUGAACCAGAACCAGACCUAGCGAAAGAGAAGCGUGAACCCGCUGCUCAGUCCAUCCUUGCCGAUCUCCAGAGGACUGGCGAAUUGGUUGCUUCGGCUUUAGAGUUCUUCAAGCCACUCUCAUCGUCCCUCGCUCAUGCACCCAAAGCAACACCCAUGAGCGGUGGGCCUGUCGGUCCACCCGACCUCAAGAUCCAUUUCACUGAGGGCGACUUGGAAGCACUCACAAAGAAGCAACCGGUCCAUCUCCGUGGUCACGACGGCAAUUCAGAGUCCCGAACAUUAAUUACGCCUCAGGGCAAGUUCUUCUGGGGUCUAACUCAGGAACUAGAAGAGAAGGCUUUGGAGCUAGAGAAGCACAUUGAAGAGCUUAAAGGCGCUGCUCGCUUCCAUCCAAAGAAGCAUACCGCACAGAAAACCGGCUUUCGGGGACAACCGAACCUCCCAGCCCUCGCCACAGCGUUAAAGGAGGCAGGUGCGAAGUUGAGCAAGAGUACCGGUCAAGAUAUGCCGAGGCUCGAUUCUCCCUCUGCCUACCAAGGCGAUCCGUCACAGCGUUCACAACUUCCUCCUGUGCAAGCAAACGAUGAUUUGCUUCCUCCCAAUCAAGCUCAGCAGCCCCAGACACCUGCGGACGCAGGUGUUUACCUGAAUCAGUUCGUCCUUCCCAACACCGACAACCCACCGCCGAACGCCCCACGCCCGGAAAUGGCAGCUGUUGGUGGCCUUCCUGGUGCCGGUACAGCGAAUAUGUCCGUCAAUGCGAACAAGCUCGCCAAAGCGGCCAAAGCGGUUGCUGAGGGCGGAGCAGUCGGCUCCGAACUCGAGGGCAUCGGCGCCAUAACUGCUGAUCUGCUUGGAGGCGUGUUCGUCCAGAAUUUGGAGGCACUUGUGGGUGCGGAUCUGGGUUUCUCCUGCUUCUCCGGCACUAACGAUAUUGGUAUCGAUGGGAGCGGACUGGAUGUACAGGGCUUGGUCAGCGCGUUUGAAGCUGGGGUUGGCGCAGGUGCAGGUGCGUUUGGAGGUGGAAGGAGGAGAGGUAGCAGAAGUGUAUUGAAUGUGGAGGAGGCCGAACGAGCAAUGUUGGCGGCGAAGAAGGAUCAUGAGGCGCUGGAAAAGAAGCUGAGCGCGCUCAUCAAGAGGAAUAGGAAGAUGAUGAGCGCGGGGAAGGUGUGA